AUGGAGGGUCCUCCGCAGCUCCCGCCAGAGCUCUGGGUCUACGUGUUCAGCUACCUGAGCACCGAGGAGAAACACACGGUCCGGUCCGCAUCCAGGCAUCUCAACAAGCUGGUCGAACACCCGUCACUGUGGAGGCACUACAUCGUGGUUCUGUCCGAACUCCGCCGGUACACCUACGGCUUCUGGCACACCUUGAACCACCGAAAGCUGACCCGGGUGGCGGUGCGACACUUGCGGCGUAAAGAGUGGCGGCGCCUCGUGAAGUUCCUGCCGUCUCUCACGGCCAUCGUCUUCAUGGACGGCGGGCGACAGUACAAGGAGAAAUACCUGGACAACCUGGCCUGGUUCCCCGACCUGCGGGAGUUUGCGGUACGGAACGCCACCUGGGAUGAAGCCCUGCUGGGCCCGAGCCUCACGGAGCACCUCCGGGAGCGGCUGACCCACCUGAGCGUGUGCAACGUCCGGCUGCCCAGCACCGUGGAGUUCAUCAACACCGUGUCCGAACUGGCCAACCUCCGGUCGCUGCUGUUCCACGAGCAGGGGGAGGGCUACGGGCUGGACACGGUGAGGCCGGUACCCCGAACCGUCUUCCACAACAUGCUGCUGGGCCUGAAGAAGCUGCGACACCUCUCCUGGGGCAUGAAGGGGGAGCCUCCGGAACCUCUUCCUGACGACUACCUGAGCCCACCGAACCCGGACCAGCCAGGAUCGUACGGCGGCCCCGCUCUGACCAGUCUGGAGCUGGUGGAUUACCCAGAAACCCUCCUUCCUGAGAACGCACUGAGGAGCCUGACGUCGCUCCAGUCCUUGUCGGUCCGCUACAGGUACAUCAGGGAGGGUGUGGAGUGUCGCCUCAGGUCCUGGAUAAGUCCUCUGCAGCACCUGGAGUCUCUCACAAUCAUCGGUGGGAACUCGCUCACCACCUACACGACCACCCUCCCGCCCCGUGUGAACAGCCUGACGCUGCGAGUAGCCAUAACCUUGAAAGACAUGGACUCCAUUGCACCUAAAGUUCCUGGCCUGGAGCACCUGGACAUCGAGCAGAACCGCUCCAGUGGCAGCCUCUGCAGACGAAUCCCCAUGUUGUUUCCUCAGCUCCGGACCCUGAGGAUCCGGUUUUUUCGUCGGGAGCCAGAGAAGGACCUCCUGAGCCUCCACAAGCUGCGCCACCUGGUGCAGCUGGAGCUCCUGGUGGAGCGCUCCUUCAUCUUGAGGGAUUACUUGAACGGUCACCCGUGGCCCAGCCCCUGCGUUCAGGAGCUCAUCAACGAGCUCCGGGAGUUGUCCGAGAACCGGAUCACGGUCAUCACUGCCAUGCGGCAGAGGAACCUCCUGCGGGAAUGCGACUGUUUGUGGGAGGGGGACUGA